AUGGCGGGCAAUGGCACCGAAGAUGUCCAAUACCUUGCUCCUCCGGCCGUGACUGCUCUACGACAGGAGGCCCGGAGUAUCGACCCGAGAUUCUCGCCCUCUCGCUCCCCUAGCGUCGAUUACAUGCGAGAAGAGCGCGAAGAUUUGAAGCAGGCGGCGGAGCAGACCCUGAACGUCAUUGUCGAUCUGGAUCUCGAUGGUCGCGUCAAAUGGGUCAGCCCAUCAUGGAAACAAGUCGUGGGAACGGUCUCGGAGUCAAUCGAGGGACGGAUGAUAUCGGAGAUCAUCGUCGGCAACAAGAACGUCUUCCACGAUGCGAUAGAGAGUAUGAAGGAGGACGAUUCUCGCAGUCGGUUUAUUCGCUUCGCUGUACAGAUGGGCCCGGACUCAGUCUUGAAGUUCUCGCCGGAGCCACGACCGGUCGAGACCGAAGUUGGGAACACAGAAACAACUGAGGCCGUGGAAAUCCAGGAGGAGCUGCCAGAGAAGCAAGAGGACCGCCAUCAUGACCUCCUCCACCUCGAAGGACAGGGAAUAAUGGUGUUUGACCGUACGGCUGAUGGGGUUGGUCAUACCAUGUGGAUGUUGCGACCGUUUACGGAGCCACGAGAAGUUACCAUCGACCUUCCUCCCUUGCUGGUGGAAUCCUUGGGCGUGGGAGCGGAGGUUUUAGCGAACUACUUGACGACUCUGGCGGAGGCUGCUGCUACCGAGCCCGAUCCUUUGAAGCAUCCUGCCCCGAACCCGGUUCUGUGUCGCAUCUGUGAACGUCAGAUUACGCCUUGGUGGUUUGAGAAGCACUCGGACCUCUGUCUCCAGGAACACCGAGCCGAGAUGGACGUUCAGAUAGCCCAGGAAAACCUCAAUGAGCACCGUCAUGCGAUCGUCAGGGUGCUGGAUGCUCUCGAGGCGAGGCAGGGCAGGCCGUUAGUCCUCGGGGAGACCAAUCCUCCCCCACCUCAGCCCGAGUACAAAGGACGGCCCAUCGGACCAUCGCCGACCGCUUCAGCACCAUCAUCGGGCUCGGUAUCCAGUAGCAGCUCCGCCCCUGGCACGCCUCCUAGGUCUAGAGACCAUUCAGCCUCGGGUAUCGGGCAUGCUCGCGCUCGCUCUUUCGCAGUGCGGCGCCCGCUGGCUCGCAUCGUGGAGUUGAUACUCGAUCUAUGCGACACUUCCUUAGAGAUCAACAUGCCCGUGAUCAAGGAAAGUCGUGCGGAUAAUGGGGAUGACUUUCGGACCAUGUCGCCGCAGUCCGAGUCUCGUAUCUCUCAGGUUCUUCAAUGGCAGUCGCCCAGUUCCAAUACCCUCGAGCAGGAACAAGGCCUCGCCGCACUGUGUACUGAUACGGAGGAAGUUGCCAAGGCGAAAAUCGACGCGGUCAUUCGGCACAAGAGAAUUGUCGAGUAUGCGGAACGGAUUCGAAUUGAAUACACCAUCCUAGUCGAAGAGUGCAUCACCGCAGCCCUUAGCAAGGCCGAGCAAAUCGCGGCCGGUCAGCUAAGUGACUCCAGCUCUUCGGAAGACGACGCUUCACCGGAAGUCAAUCCGUCAGUGGUUGCCUCCAGUCCGAUAAUACACGGGAAGCGAGAUGCAACAGCCCCCCUUCCAAUGUCUGCUUUGACGAUGUCCAUGCGCAACUCGCCGGAUCGAUUCCAAUCAGCGCACUCAUCAGAAGGAAAAUCUUCGGUUGCCGUGUCGACUGGAUCGAAUAGCCCAAUGGAGUGUCCUACGCCCCGUUCGCACAAGAGUAUGGCCGGAGUUCUAGGGACGUCUCAGCCUUCUAGGCGCGGCCUAUCCUUGCUUGAUUUUGACGCAGGCGACAACAGUGAUAGCAGCGUUCCUUCGUCUGCUUUCCCCGGUGCCGUGAGGACUGAUUCACCAUCCUCCGAUCGGAGUAUGGAUAGGAAGCGUAGGAGCCUGGUACUUCCUGGGCUUUCCAGCUCUCCUCGUCGGCAGCAUUCUCCCGCUAGGAUUUCGGGCCCUCAUUCUCCCUUGCGAAUGCCUAGGGCUCGCCUUUCGAGCGGUGCUGAUAGCUUACCAUCCCCGGUAGUCUCGCCUUCGGCGAACGCGAUCGAAUUGGCGCAACUUCAUUAUCCUCAUCAUCGUCGUCAAUCGUCAGCCACCUCUUCUGAUGUAAAGCCACCUGUGUCACCUCAUCUGUCCUCUGCUAGUCAGCCACAGCCACGACCAGUGCCGCCGUCAAUCAAGGAUUUUGAAAUCAUCAAACCCAUCAGCAAAGGUGCCUUUGGAAGUGUUUACUUGACAAAGAAGAAGGCCACUGGGGAGUACUUUGCAAUUAAGGUGUUGAAAAAGGCAGACAUGGUUGCAAAGAACCAGGUCACGAAUGUCAAGGCCGAACGUGCGAUCAUGAUGUGGCAGGGGGAGAGCGACUUUGUCGCUAAGCUCUACUGGACAUUCUCUAGCAAGGACUACCUAUACCUGGUAAUGGAGUAUCUCAAUGGUGGUGAUUGCGCUUCCCUCGUCAAGAUUUUGGGCGGUCUACCUGAAGACUGGGCUACAAAGUACAUUGCGGAAGUAGUCCUCGGGGUAGAACAUCUCCACGGCAGAGGGAUCGUUCACCGUGAUCUCAAGCCAGACAAUCUUCUUAUAGACCAGACGGGCCAUCUCAAACUGACCGAUUUUGGUUUGUCCCGGAUGGGUCUUGUCGGACGUCAAAAGCGCGUCUUGAAGAGUAUGAAUGAACCUGCACCCGACCUUCUGAAGCAGGGCUCAUUCCCUCGAGCUACCUCAAUCGCAUCAUCACGGUCUGCCUCGUUUGAUUUUCAAGGCGGUUCCCCGGGGUCAACCCCUUUGAUCACGCCAGAUGUUGCGAGCAGUAUACCCCAGCCGUCUUACUUCAGCCUCAACCAGCAGGGAGGAGGGCUCAGUCGGCAGACCUCGCGUCGGGCAUCAGGAUACCGCAGCGAUAGUGGGGCCAGCGAGAGCCUGAAUGCCAUGUUUCGAACUAUGGGUCUCAAUGAGGGUGGUGAAGGUUCAGGCACGAUGCCUGUCCCCGUCCCUUCAUCCAAUAAUCAAUGUCAUCAUCUGCCCGAAGAAGAGAGCCUGAGCGAGGCAGAAUCCCCUCAUUUAUUUCCACUCCAGCCGACAAUGAGCAACUCGUUUUCGUACAGCACUCCGCCGCAGCAGUCGAUGAUGCCACCUCUGAUGGCGCUUUUUGACCCCGAAGACCACAACAGACGCUUCGUCGGUACUCCAGAUUAUCUGGCCCCAGAAACCAUCAAUGGAUUUGGUCAGGACGAGAUGAGUGAUUGGUGGUCGCUGGGCUGCAUCAUGUUUGAGUUCAUCUUUGGCUACCCGCCUUUCAAUGCCGCGACUCCGGAUGAAGUCUUUGAUAAUAUUCUCCGCCGAAAUAUCAACUGGCCCGACGAGCCUGAAGAACUGGCCUCCCCUGAAGCUCUCGAUCUCAUGAACAGACUAAUGGCUAUGAAUCCACGUGAACGUAUUGGUGCCAAUGUUGCCGAGAAGUAUCCAAACGGAGGAGCGGAAAUCCGGAGCCACCCUUGGUUCUCCGAUAUCAACUGGGAUACCUUGCUGGAAGACAAAGCCGAGUUUGUGCCGAAUAUCGAGAACCCUGAAGAUACGGAGUAUUUCGAUGCUCGAGGUGCCACCCUCCAGGCCUUCACCGAAGAACUCGAAGAUGGAGGAAGUCCUCCGCAACAGCCGUUGACUACCGGAGCAUACCCCCAGGAUAGACCCCAUGAUGCUCUGUUCAAGGUCCGCUCCCAAGUGAACUCGAUGAAGCGGCCAUUGAUGCCCUUACAUAUUCCACCCCAUGUACGAGAAUCACGAAGCAGGAGGCUGAGCGAACCUACGAUUGCGGACGACUUUGGCAGCUUCUCAUUCAAGAACCUCCCCAUGCUUGAGAAGGCCAAUAAGGACGUGAUCCAGAAAUUGCGCCAGGAGGCAAUGCAAGCGCAACAACGCCAUAACGUUCCUGCGGGCACCCAACCGCCGCCACCGCCACAGGGGCAGGGACAGGAUCCAGCCCCCUCUCAACCCGCCCCGUCUCUGGAAGGAAGUCCAUUGCCGAUGUCCUUGCAACGGACUUUGUCCCAGAACAAGGGCGGCAACCGACCCUCGUCUCCCUCGAGUAUGAGCCAAGCGAAUUCGUCUCCCAGCCGCCCAUCGCAACCUUCCUCCCCUCUCCUCGUUCAGUUCAGCACAGGUCACAAUCAUGAGCGAAGAAAGACAUCUGGAUCAUCCUCGACCAACUCCCAGAGCACUGGAACUUUUCAGUCUUCUAGUGCCGACCAGGGUCGGAUGGCAAGCCUUAAGCUUGGGUCUUCAUCAUCAUCAUCAUCUCCGAUCAAACCUACCCGGGCUACUGCUCACUCACCCGACAAAACGCCUUCAGGGCCGCCACGCCACGGCAGUGCUCCCGCGUCGAGAGCAAGGUCACAAACCAUCGGAUCUCAAGAUGGCGAUCUUCCAUCUUCACUAGCUAAGGAAACCUACGUUGCUGGCCACUACAAGCGUCGCAGCCAGUUGUUUGAUAUCUCACCCUCUUCUUCCGACAAUGAGGACCCGCGCACUAAAGCUUUGCUCAAAGUGCAGCGACGUCGUCACAGUUCCAGACGCAUGUCUCAGAUCAAUUUCCCUGAAGGGCCCUUUUUCCGACCCUUGGACGUGCUAAUCUGUGAGGACCAUCCAGUUUCUCGCUUGGUGAUGGAGCGUCUCUUUGAAAAGCUUCGAUGUCGCACAAUAACGGCCGUAAACGGUGCAGAGGCGAUGCGUUACGCCCUAAGUGAAGUCCAGUUUGACAUUAUCAUGACGGAGUUCAAACUACCCCAGGUAAACGGGGCGGAUGUCGCACGUAUGGUACGAGAAACACGCAGUGCGAACCGACACACUCCGAUCAUUGCGGUCACAGGCUACCUCAAAGACUUGCCGGAAACCCAUCAUUUCGAUGCUCUCAUUGAAAAACCUCCGACUCUGACAAAGUACACUGAGGCAUUGUGCAAAUUCUGCCAGUGGAAGCCGCCUCCAAAGGAUUACAACCCCAUGCAGCCAAUGACUGUUCCGCCUCCUGCCAUACGCCAGCCCGAGCACAGCCCUAGUUCAACAGCAUCAUCCGGCUUCGCACAUGUGCCUUCCAGCUCUUAUAGAGCCUCUAGCCGUGAAGACUCUAUUGGUAGCAGUUACUUUGGUGAUAUGGAACCGACCAAACCUGAGGAUGUCCCUGUUAUUGUAAGCCGUCACAAUGAUGAAUGGGGGCAAGAUAAGGAGGGCCUUGGUAUAUCUGAGGACGCAGCCAAGGCUCAAGAGGGUACAGAUACCGGUUCCAAUUCUGGCUCGGAAGUGGUUCCUUUCCCGAGCCUGCUCCAUGCCACCUCUGCGCCUCCUGCUUUGAACCAAACAGGGACUCUGACCCCUCGCAAACAGCGAUCUAGUGAAGCGAUACGGGCCAAAAGAGAAUCCCUGGAGAAAAAGCGCUAUGAGUGUGCCGAGUCCGGUGAUGAUGAAGAUGAGGAGCUUGGAAAUUCUCAGGCACGAACAAGCAGUCCGCGGCAGAAGUCUCGUCGCCCAGGCUCCAAGUUGGGCAUAGAAAUGAUGAGGACCAACAGCAGAGGCAGCGUGGUUAGUGGAAGCGAAGAACUUCUCAAAAAAGAAAGAGAUUCCUUAGAAAGGCGCAGCUCUGAUGGCCUCAGCGAUGGCGGCGAGGAGCGCGUUGGCUCUCGCUCCCCCCCUCGGAGCUCGGGGUUGGAGACCAGGUUUGGGGAUCUUCGGAUUCCAGAAGAGGUCAUUGUUGGGUCCCUUGACGACGGAUACAGCCCGAGGCAUUCCCCGGCGUUCGACUUCGAGUCCAAUUCAGAAGUACCUACAAUGUUUUCGGGAAGACCAACAUCUCAGCACGGGAUGGAGCCUUUGGCUACGGAAGCUAGCGCAGAGACUCCGAAAAGGGGACAUAUAACACCCCCGGUCAGAUUUUCGAAGGAUGAUGAAGCGGACCUUCCAAGGAGUGAUCUCGACACCCCAUCCAUCAAAAUUGCUGGUGAUUUCUCGGCUACAGAAUUUGGCGCUGAAACCGAUAUCGACCAGUACCUGGAUGCUGACGCCACACCGCGGCCAUUGCACACACCUUCACCCAACCCAAACUCGGAUAUCACUCCUCGUCAGUCAGAAAGAUAG